AUGUCAACAACUUCCGUCUCUAAGAUCAAUGGAAUAGAUCAUGCCAUACCUCAUUACGGAUUUGAACUCGCUGAUUAUGAAACUAUAGCGAGUCGUUGCAAUGACAUAACUUAUUUGACUGAUGUCAUUGGUAGAUUAGAAUCAGUUGGAGUUAUUGAAGAGAUUAAAGCAAAAGGUCGUCCAACAAAAGUUCGAAAAAUUCAGUUGUUACUAGAAGAAAACAAAUAUUUGCAAACAACUUUGUGGGGAUCUACAGCACUUCAAGUAGAUGAGGAUUUCUAUGAGAAAAAUACAAGUCCAACUAUUGUAAUAGUAACUUCGACUAUUGUGAAGACUUUCAGGGGUGAAUACAACUUAUCAUCAACAACUGCAACAAGGGUGUACAUCAACCUUAAAAUUCCUGAAGUUGCCAGAGUUCUUGACAAGUUGAACAAUGUCACAGUAUCGGAAGUUAAAGAAUUGAAGAUUGAUCGACCACCGAUGAUUCCAGACGAGGAACUUGCUUUGCGAAACAGAAAGACGGUUGCUGAAAUAAAAAAAAUGGAAUGGAAACCCGAGACAAAGGAAAUAUUAAUUACAUGUUUAUGCAAAGUCAAUAGAAUAGACAACAAGUUUGAAUGGUAUUAUAUUGGUUGUCUUACAUGCAAGACGAAGGUUAAGCUUAUAGGAGGAUCUUUUUGGUGUGAACGUUGUAAGGCGGAACCUAAAUUUUCUGUACCAACGUAUAGGAUACAAAUAGAAGUAUCAGAUACAAUUGAUUCAACAACAUUCAUUGUAUUUGAUAAAGAGGGUGAACAACUUACAGGCAAGACUGCGAAAGAACUUGCAGACAUGCAAGAUGAGAAUUUGAAGGACAAUGUCUUACCAAGAGAAAUGAAAGCAAUAGUUUCCAAUGAAUAUAUAUUCCAAUUGCGACUCAACGACUAUAAUUUGAAAAGAGGAUUAGAGAAUUAUACCGUUUCAAAAAUCUUUGAACCACAUGUUUCACAAGAGGUUCAGAUCCAAAAGGAAACUCCGGCCAACUCUGAACAAAAUACAGAAGACGAACAGACAUUCACUCAACAUUCUUCAAUGUCGUUUUCCUUACCUAUUGAAGAUGUUGAAUCAGAUGAUGAUGAUAUGCCGAUCAAAUUACUUUGCAAACGAAAGCGAUACACUUAA